CGCUCACAGGGUAAAUGUGGUCAGAGAGAGAGGAGAGAUUAAUUAUCUGUGCUGGUUGAACUAAUUGGAAAUGUCACACAGGAGAUGAACUUGGAGAUUUCUGAAAUCCAAGUCUGUGCGUAAAAUCGACUUUUUUGUGGUUUGGACUCCCACGGUUCAUUUUACAGACUUGGUUCUGGUGUUGCAUCAGGUGCGUACUCAGUGCGUGCCAAACUUUUAAUAAAACAUUUUGGCAUAAUCAAAUGUCCCAAUAAAUCAUUAUUUCUUAUUUUCUCAGCCCCUAUACAUAUUUCUUUCAUUCAAAUGGAGCUCGCAGCCGUGAGACGCUUGAAAUUCUUCCACUUUUUUCCCCCGGUGUGAGUGUUACAGCAGUGACGUCAGGAGCAAAGAGCAGCAGGCAGUGAGCGCAGAGGCGGAUAAGCGAGACACAACCUGUGCCGGUGCGCAUCUUUCCAAACUUCUCCGGCUCUGUCCGAGAGCGCGGAGCUAAAACAACAGAAAAAAAAAGCAGGAGAAAGAGGAUCAUCAGGGCGAGAGAUGAACAAUUCCAUGAAUUUAAACACGAGUCCACCGCGGGUCGGUGGCGGCGGAUCCGGGACUGUGGAUCAUGAACUCGUUAUCACCUCUACUUUCGGGACGCUGCUCUCCGUUGUCUAUAUAAUCGGAGUAUCUGGGAAUGUGUACACCCUGGUGGUGAUGUGUCACUCGAUCCGCUUCGCUACUUCUAUGUACAUCUCCAUCAUCAACCUGGCUCUGGCGGACUUGCUCUACCUCUCCACCAUCCCCUUCGUGGUGUCCACCUACUUCCUUAAGGACUGGUACUUCGGGGAUGUGGGAUGCCGCAUCCUGCUCAGCUUGGACCUCCUCACCAUGCACGCCAGCAUCUUCACCCUCACUGUCAUGUGCUCGGAGCGUUAUCUUGCCGUCACCAAGCCGCUGGACACGGUGAGACGCUCCAAGAGUUACCGCAAAGCUCUGGCGUGGGGGGUCUGGUUCCUUUCUCUGGUCCUCACUGUGCCUAUGAUGAUCAUGGUCGCCCAGACUACUAAGAACACACCGGAUGGGGGUGUUAAGAGGAUGUGCGCACCUACCUGGGCGCCCUUGGCUUAUAAAGUGUACGUGACUGUCCUUUUUGGCACCAGCAUCAUGGCACCGGGGCUGAUUAUUGGUUACCUGUAUGUUAAGUUAGCCCGCACUUAUUUAGAAUCCCAACGCAACUCUGUGAUCAGCAAAGGAAGCAAGCGGUCACCGAAGCAGAAAGUCCUGAUCAUGAUCUUCACCAUCGUGCUGGUGUUCUGGGCUUGUUUCCUGCCGUUCUGGAUCUGGCAGCUGCUGCCCCUGUACCACAACAAACCCCUGAGCCUGGCCUCGCAGACACACACCUGCAUCAACUACCUGGUGGCGAGCCUCACGUACAGCAACAGCUGCAUUAACCCCUUUCUCUACACGCUCCUCACCAAGAACUACAGGGAGUACCUGAAGAACAGGCACAGGAGCUUCUACAGGUACACAUCCUCGUUCAAGCAGCGGCCGCCCAGCCUCUACUCGUGGGGGAAGUCUGCGUCCUCCAGCAAUCAGUUUGAGUUCAACUCGGAGACGCUGGUCAUGGGGACGCUGAAGUGAAGUGUGAAGCGAGUGGAUGUGAAGAGGAAGCUUUUGGAAGCG